AUGCCAAGCAACGUCGAUCGGACCUCCAUCGGUGAUCCGAGCGCGGAAGAGGAAGGCCUACCUGAUUGGUACGCGCGAUGUCAUAGCUACCACUGCGAGCCCCUCAUGUACCUCAUGCGUGGCAUUGCGCCGCACUUGGUCCGCUCCGUACUACCUCCCUUACCCCUCUACUCUCGUCUCUCCGCUCCUCGACUUGCACACGCAUUCUCUUCAUAUUCACGUCUCAACAUGGAUGACACUGUCAAGAAACACUACCUGGCUGACUCUCCUCCCACGGUGGUCAGACUGGAAGUCAAGAGCCACUUUGACACUCUCAAAGAUCAGAACCUCCGAAAAUAUGCACACUUCAUGAGCAGAGCUGCAUUUGAAGGCACCCGUGUCACUCUGCGUCAAGUCUCCCCCGAAUCCGAACCCAUCUAUGACCUGAUCAUCUCCCUUUACCACGCGUCCAAUGGCGACUGGAACAGCCUGGCCCAAAAGACACAAGUCAGCGCCGAUGACCUCCGCUUCUUCCUCGAAUAUGCGGGUCAAUUCUUGGGUAACUGCGGAAACUACAAAGGCUUUGGUGACUCAAAGUUCAUCCCCCGACUCUCGCCAUCGGCCUUUGAAGCUCUGGCUUCUGCGAGUGCCGAGACCAAGACUGCCUUCCAGAAGGCCAACACUACCGGAGGUGGUAUCUACGAAACAACCGAGCAAUCCAUGAUGCACCUGGGAUACCCCACGGGUGGCCACAUGACCACUUAUUACCCCGACUCGCCGACAAUUACACAGGAGGAAAUUACGGCCAUCGGUGACUUGAUGGAGAAGAAGGGACUCGCCCUGGAGAACACCAGAAUCCGAAAGACAACCUCCGGUGACUUUGAGCUUUUGAUCGCGUCAGGUGUUUCUUCUCCGCCUGCCAAGGACCGCGACCUCGGCGAUGUUGAUACCUUCCAGCUCGACGGUGACCUGAGGGGGAAGACCCUGCGUCUGGUCUUUGGUGAUCACCAAGAGGAAAUGGCUAAGAUUGCUCAUUCAAUCAAGCAAGCUGGACUUGUUUCCGCGAAUGAGAAGCAGAAGAGCAUGCUCGACUCGUAUGCGCUCUCAUUCGGUGCUGGUUCUAUCGAGGCCUUCAAGGAGAGCCAACGUAUCUGGGUUCAGGACCAGAAGCCUGCUCUCGAGACGAACAUUGGUUUCGUCGAAACUUACAGAGAUCCCCAUGGUGUGCGAGGAGAGUGGGAAGGCUUUGUCGCUUUGGUGAAUCUCGAGCGCACUCGUGCUUUUGGAACACUGGUAGACAGUGCCGAGAGUAUGAUCCCUAAGCUCCCUUGGGGAACGGACUUUGAAAAAGACAAGUUCCUGAGCCCCGACUUCACUUCAUUGGAGGUCUUGAGCUUCGCGUGCUCGGGCCUCCCGGCCGGUAUCAACCUUCCCAACUAUGAUGAUAUUCGUCAAAACCUGGGCUUCAAGAAUGUGUCUCUUGGCAAUGUGCUGAGUGCCAAGGCUCCUAACGAGGCCAUUCCUUUCAUUGCGGAGCGCGACCAGGAGAUUUACCGUCAAUUCCGUGACCCAGCUUUCGAGGUUCAGGUCGGUAUCCACGAACUUCUGGGACACGGCACAGGCAAGCUGUUGCAGGAGACAGCACCGGGACAGUAUAACUUCGAUAUCAAGAACCCGCCCAUCAGCCCUGUCACCAACAAGCCUGUGUCUACCUGGUACAAGCCAGGACAAACAUGGAGCUCCGUCUUCGGUUCGAUUGCCUCAUCAUAUGAAGAGUGUCGUGCGGAGUGUGUUGCCAUGGUCCUCGGCUGUGACUUUGGCAUCUUGAAGAUCUUCGGCUUCGGCGAUGGCAAGGAAGACCUGGCCGGUGAGGCUGGCGACGUUCUCUUCGCCGCAUACCUGUCCAUGGCUCGUGCCGGUCUGGUCGCUCUCGAGUUCUGGGACCCCAAGACUCAAAAGUGGGGACAGGCUCACAUGCAAGCUCGCUACAGUAUCCUGCGUACUUUCCUUGAUGCCGGCGAUGACUUUGUGAAACUUUCACACGAGAAGGAAGAUCUCUCUGAUCUUGAAAUUCAUCUUGAUCGCUCGAAGAUUCUGACUCAUGGACGCCCGGCCGUGGAGAAGUACCUCCAGAAGCUGCAUGUCUACAAGAGUACCGCCGAUAUUGAGGCCGGUAAGGGGCUUUAUGAUGACAUCACCUCUGUUGACAGCUGGUGGGGAACUACUGUCCGUGACGUCGUUCUGAAGAACAAGGUUCCUCGCAAGGUGUUUGUGCAGGCCAACACUAUCCUUGAGGGUGAUCAAGUCAGUCUGAAGGAGUAUGAGCCGACUCUGGAGGGUUUGAUUCAAAGCUUUGCUGAGCGCAAGGUUUGA